GUUGUUGCAUCCGUCGCAACACUCUCGGCGGGUCGCAGACGUGGAAAACUCCGACGGAGGUGGGCCUUGGACGGACGAGCUUGUGGGGAGACCUCGAUUGUUUCGACGCCGACGCGCAGCACGAGUGCGCAAGUGUCUUGGCAAACAAGGGCAGGACCAUGAGCUCGUGCAUGUGACGUUGCGCAUCGACCCGUGGAAAAUCACGGGGGGCGGAGGGUUAUCCACGUUGCGCUGCCCGCAGCUGCUGCGAGAACACGGCCCGCGCAUCUAUACAAAGAUGCGCCCUGCUGCUUGGACAGGGGCUUUGCCAUGCUGGGUACAUGACCACGGCGAAUUCGAGCGCCACGACCCCUAGCCACGUGAGGCUGGCAUGAAGAUUGGUGCCCAGGGCCGAUUCGCUGUGUGCCCCGCAUGGACGGCACCACGAAAGCGUUUGCGUUGUCGGGAGUCGCGCCGUGCGCUCGACCGUCCAGCUCCAUCCAGUUCAAGAGUCCCUGCCUAAAUUGAUCCAGCUUAUACAUCGUGUGGAAUUGUGGCCCUCCCGUUCAGCGUCGACGAUGGUGGCUGUGCGAUUCACCAAGUUCAACGGGGCUGGAAAUGACUUCAUCUUGAUCGACAACCGCUGCCUCGACAUCAAGCUUACACCGGCACACGCCAUUCGGCUUUGCAAUCGCCAACAGGGCAUCGGUGCCGACGGCAUCCUCGUUCUGGUCCCGUGCACGUCGGGCAAGGCAGACGUGGCGUGGCAAUUCUGGCAAUGCGACGGUGACACGGCCAACUUUUGUGGCAACGGCGCUCGAUGCUUUGCUCGAUUCGUGCACUCGCUGCUGGGGCAUACAAAUCCCAUCACGUUCGAAACCGGCGCCGGCGUGGUCUCGGCAGCUCUUGCUGCCAACGGCGACAUGGCGAUUCGGCUGCCGCCACCCACAAACCUGACUCUGCACGAGAAGUUGCAGCUGGCCGGUGGCCCCCACGUCGUGCACUCUAUCACGAUCGGUGUGCCCCAUGCUGUGCUGUUUGUUGCGAAUCUGGCUGCCAUCGACGUGCCCCGUCAAGGGAGCGACGUCCGUCAUCAUCCGCGCUUUGGGCCUCACGGCACCAACGUCAACUUUGUCCACGUCGUGGGGUUGAAUCACCUUUGGGCCCGAAGUUUCGAGCGCGGAGUUGAAGGUGAAACCCUUGCAUGUGGCACGGGAGUGGUGGCGGCUGCGCUGGUUGCGGCCGCCGUGCAUGGAUUCACAUCGCCUGUCACGGUCGAUGUUCAGAGCGGAGCUGCGCUUCAGAUCCACUUUGACCAGCCCUCGUCAAAUGACCUCGAGUUUACAAACGUGGUGCUGAUCGGCCCGGCAGAAGCCACGUUUUCAGGGACUGUGGAGCUGUAGCGAAGAACUGCACGAACAGAUCACGGCAGGCCUAUACAACGCAAAGCGCAUGGCUACAAAGCGUUGGUUACGACUGUGCCAAGCGGACGGAGCUGUAGCAAAACCCAACACGGCCUCGCCGUUCGUGCUGUCAAGGCAAAGGCGAUGCGCCACGGGGUACACCCGUCCCUCGCAAUUCCACCGCCGACGGAGUCUGGAGCUCCAUGAGGUUGGCCAUCGAGAUAUCGGAUGGGCUAGCAUUAAGACAAUCGAUUGCCUUCGUCCCCU